AUGGCGUCCACACAACACGUCCUCCUCUCGCCCGCCGAGCUCGCCUACCUGCAUGCGGCGCUGUCGCUGACGCCGCCGAUCCGGCCCGACGGCCGUGCGCCGGCCCAGUUCCGCCCGCUCAUAGCCGAGACGGGCAUCCUGCCCGGCACCAACGGCAGCGCGCGCAUCUGCUUUGCCGACGGCACCGAGGCGAUUGUCGGCGUCAAGGCCGAGGUCGAGCGCACGCGGCUGGCGGACGGUGCGACUGCUGGCACGGAGUGGGAAGAGGGUGGUAGUGCGAGGGGUGAGGGUGAGGAUGAUGAUGGGGGGGACAAAGCGGGCGACAGCGACUGGGUCGGGCUGACGGUCGAGAUCCCCGGCUACCGCGACGACGACGCUGGCACGGCCUUUCUGGGUGCCAUGCUGAGCGAGGCGCUGCUUGCCGACGGCGCGUUCGCUAGGCGCCUGUGGAUCAACCGCCGCUUUCACUGGAAGCUGUAUCUCGAUAUCCUCCUUAUCUCGCCGCCUCUCUCGUAUCCGCUUCCGCUGCUGUCGCUGACGACGCACCUGGCGCUGCUGGCAACGCGCCUGCCGCUGCUCAAGUCGGAGGGAGACGAGGACCCGUUCUUCGACGACGACUGGGCCGCCGCACGGCACCUGUACCCGCGCGGCAGCGGCAGCAGCAGAACUACGAAGGAAUCCGCGAGGCCGCCCGUGACGCUGCUGGUCAUGGCGGUGGGGAACAACAUCAUCUUUGACCCGGCCAAGGAGGAGUUAGCGGUAGCGGACGUAGCGCUGGCCGUGUCGGUAGCGGAGGACACGGCGGUGGCUACUUCGACGGCGGCGACGAUGGACUUGGACGACGCGGCGGUCCCCGCGGCACGCAGCCUCCGGUUGCUGUCGAUCCGCACGAUAGACCCGCCGUCGCGGCUGACGCCGCCGGGCGUGCCCAACGCCGCCAACAGCGCCUACGGCGCGACCACGGCGCAGAACCAGCCCGAGGCCAGGACGGCAGAGGCCGAGGCCGUCGAGGGCGUCUGGAGGGCGCCCAGAGGAGGCGCCAAGCCGCUGGUCAUGGCCGCGCUCGUGCAGAAGGUGCUGGAGAAGGGCGGCGUGGCCGACGAGGUCCUCGACGCUUUGGACGCGGUGGAUCUGGGAUAG